GGGGCCGCCCUGCCCCCCCCCGUGCGGCCUCGCUGCGCCGCCACCGCCGCCGCCGCGGGGGUGCUGGCAGCGCCGCCCGCGCUCUCCUCCCGCCGGGCCGCCGCCGCCGCCGCCGCCGCCCCAGGCUCGGCGCUGCUGCCCGCUCGUCCGUUGCUGUCGCUCGGGCUGCUGCAGCUGAUCCUGGGAUGCUGCAUGGUGGCGCUGAGCUUCGGGGCGCUGUCGCUGAGCAGCUCCCCCCAGGUGAAGAACUCGUGUCCGUUCUGGGCCGGCUCCUCGGUGAUACUCUCUGGAAUCAUAGGAUUAACAACUUGGAAACGGCCUAUGAUACUCCUGGUGAACCUCUUUGUGCUGCUGUCUGUGGUGUGUGUCCUCUUAAAUCUAGCUGGAUUUAUCCUCGGCUGCCAGGGGGCCCAGUUUGUGUCCAGCGUGCCCAGAUGUGAUCUGGUGGACUUAGGUGAAGGAAAGAUUUGCUUCUGUUGUGAAGAAUUUCAACCAGCCAAAUGCACGGACAAAGAAAAUGCCUUGAAACUCUUUCCGGUUCAGUCUUGUAGCGCUGUUCACCUUCUACUUAAGAAAGUUCUUUUCGCCCUGUGUGCCUUGAACGCCCUGACCACCACCGUCUGCUUGGCAGCAGCUGCCCUUCGCUACCUCCAGAUAUUUGCAGCCAGAAGACCCUGCAUCGACGAAUCCCAGAUUUCUGCCGAAGAAGUGGAAGAACACGGACGGAUCCCAGACCCCGAUGACUUCGUACCGCCAGUGCCGCCCCCCUCCUAUUUCGCCACAUUUUACUCGUGCACGCCCCGGAUGGACCGCAGGAUGGUUGGUCCUGAUGUUAUUCCCCUCCCACACAUCCAUGGAGCACGAAUCAAAGGUGUGGAAGUGUUCUGUCCCCUGGGCCCUCCGCCUCCCUAUGAAGCCGUGGUGAGCCAGACAGACCAGGAGCAGGGACCUUCAUUCCACAUGCCAGAAGGAUUAGAAGGUGCCACGAGCCCCUUGGAACCGAUCUGCAUACCAUUGACUCAAGGUGAGGACAUUCCUAACACACCCAGAGAAGAAAGCACAUCGAUCUCAACUCCCGAUGCAAACCAGCUACCUCCCACGGGAAGCCGGAGAGUCUUCCCAGCCCUGAGCACAAGAUCGAGGAGUGACCCUGUGCUCCAUCAUUCCGCGGAGAGAGCUGUCCCCGUGCUCAGCUGCGAAGCCGCAACGCAGACCGAGGGAAGACCAGAUCUGGCCACGGUGACCUUGAGGAGAGGUUUGAGGUGCAGAGCUUCGCGAUGCCGGCCUCGGUCCCUGAUAGAUUACAAGUCCUACAUGGACACCAAACUGCUGGUGGCGAGGUUCCUGGAGCAGUCGUCCUGCAGUAUGACCCCAGACAUCCACGAGCUUGUGGAGAACAUUAAAUCUGUUCUCAAGUCCGAUGAGGAGCACAUGGAGGAGGCCAUCACCAGUGCCAGUUUCCUAGAACAGAUAAUGGCCCCGUUGCAGCCCAGCACUUCCCGGACCCACGUGCCGCCCUCGCGGAGACAGCCUGGCUUCUUGCACCUGCGGAGCUGCGGGGACCUGAGCACCUUCGUCCCGGCGGGGGGGCCGGGAGCCGAGAGGAGGCCCCAGCGAGCAGAGGCUGAGCGGCCCCACAGCCUCAUCGGCGUCAUCCGGGAGACCGUUCUGUGAACCUGUGGGGUUCGGCCUGAGCGGGGUGGGCGGGAAGGAAGAUGCACCCCGAAGGCAGAAUGAUCCCUCCUGACCUUGGAGUGCCCUGGCCGGGAGUCCGCGUGCCCUCUGGGCAGCCCUCAGAAGGGGGAGCAGGCACUCUGGGGGACAUUUGUUCUCACUCUCCAGCUCCUCUUCU